GUACCGUGACGGGUCCGCAUAAUUUUAAUAAGCUUACAUUAAUAGUUUGUUUGCACGGUCGGCUCACCGUCGAAGAAACGUUGCUAGUAAGAGAAGUAAGUCUCACAGUAGAACGAUGUUCAAACCAGCCCUGUACUCUAAAAUCAACAACGAGGCGCGUCGUGAUACCAGGGACUUCAUCGAAGAAUAUUCUAAUGAAAUUGGCCAAAUGUCAGGACGGUGCCUUGACAUCGGAAGCGGUCCAUGUGACGUAGUCACCGAUUUUCUCCUUCCAAAAUUAAACCCGAAGUCUACCGUUGUCUGCUCGGACAUUUCCAAGCCCAUGUUGGACUACGCAAAGGAAAAAUACGGCGCCAACGAUCGGCUAUCCUUUCUCCAGCUGGACAUCGAGUCUCCGACGCUGGCCGAAGAUCUAGUUGAACAAUUCGAUCACGUUACGUCGUUCUAUUGUUUACACUGGUGCGAAGACAUGCGCCAAGCCUUCGAGAACAUCUUUGAACUGCUACGUCCUGGAGGUUCGGGCUUCUUGACCUUUGUGAGCGAUUUUUCUUGCAUGGACGCGUACAAGGUGCUGGCGGCUAUCCCUCGAUACCAGCGUUACAUGACGGAUGCGGACAGGUUCAUUCCCGUAUUUCAGCACGCCGAACAUCCACGCGAGAACCUGAAAAAAUUGCUUCGAGAAGUCGGCUUUGAGAUCAGCCACUGCAGUCGCAGAGAAAUAAGCAACAUUUACGACACUCCGAAUGAUUUCGGCAGAGUAAUGGCAGCCGUCAACCCGUUCAUUCACCGCAUGCCGGCUCAACUACAGCGAGAGUAUGAAGUAGAUUUGGGCAUAGAAGCGACGAAGAACGCGAUUGUCUUCAACAAGGAUAACAAUGGUGGCUCCAACAUACUCUGCAGACAUCACAUGUUUGUAGUUUACUUGAAAAAACCUUCGAUCAAUUAAUAGACAGCCAGAUAACCAACGAAUGUCCGCAUCUUGAUCUUUCUUCGUAUUCUUUGUUAUUGAUAAAAACGAUUACUUUCACUUAGAAAAUUGAAAAUAUAAUUUAAGCUAUAUCGCCUGUAUAGUUGGAGUAUGAAAACAUACACGAGAUCUAACAAUAAGUUUGGUGAAAAAUAGAAAAUGUACGUUUUAUCCAUCACUGCCUUGAUUGUAACGAGGAGCUUUCGCACUUUUGAAAAGAGAAAACGCCCUGUUGUCUUACUUUUGCUAGCUAUAUUAUGGUUCUAGGUUUUGAUUUUUCUUACUGUACUUGUAGGCUCCUUAUUAUCAUUUUACGAAUAAUCGUCAGAGCUAAUAAUGACUUUCAUUAUUAUUAGUUAUAUUAUGUAUCAUUAUUAAUUUUACCAUUAUUUUUAUCUAUUGAUUUCCAAAAAACAAAACCGUCAAUAUGGGCCCUGGCAAUGAAUCUACCAUGAUAUAGAAUCCAUCCAACAGCCACCAAUAGCUUCACGACACCACCAAUACCUUAACACUCAAAGUAUGACUUGACGAACAAUCAAAUCUAGCACAUCAUUUUCUUCAAAAUUGGAAAUACAAGCACAAAUUUUGGGUCUCUCA